GGUCAUCUUGACCCCUUUAUAUCACCCCCGGCUGCUCAGUUCAUUAUCUUUCCCUUACUUUCUCUCCUCUCUUAACCUUUCUUCUCUGCAAACCAUUCAUGGCGGUGGAUCUGAUGAAUUUUCCGAAAAUGGAAGAUCAGAUUGCGAUUCAAGAGGCUGCAUCACAAGGUUUGAAGGGCAUGGAGCACCUGAUACACAUACUCUCUCGCCAGUCCAAUCAUGCCGUCGAUUGCUCCGACCUCGCUGACCACACCGUCUCCAAGUUUAGAAAAGUCAUUUCCCUUCUAAACCGGACUGGCCACGCGCGCUUUAGACGCGGACCGGUUCAAUCCUCUUCGGCUUCCGCCUCCUCGCCUUUUCUUUCUGGAUUUCCCUCGUAUCAGAAAUUAUCUUUAACUCCGGGUAGUGUACCUGCGGCACCGGUUCCGACGAAGGUGAUGGUUCCUUCUCCGGCACCGACAUCGGUUCCGAACUUCGUGCAAUCGCAGCCGCAGAGUUUGACUCUUGACUUUUCUAAACCUAGUUUCUUUAGCUCAAAUCCUAAGAGUUCGGACCUGGAGUUCAGUGUUUCUUCAAACUCGUCGUUCAUGUCUUCGGCGAUCACUGGAGAUGGCAGUGUUUCGAACGGGAAGCUAGGAUCCUCGAUUUUCUUGUCUUCGGCACCAGCUGUUUCCGCUGGCAAACCACCGCUCUCAACAGCGCCGUACAAGAAGAGAUGUCACGAGCACGAUCGCUCCGAGAACGUCUCCGGCAAAUUCUCUGGCUCCGCCAACGGAAAGUGCCACUGUUCAAAGCGAAGAAAAAAUCGAGUGAAAAAGGAGAUUAGAGUACCGGCAAUCAGUUCAAAGAUUGCCGAUAUUCCGGCGGACGAGUAUUCUUGGAGAAAAUACGGUCAGAAGCCGAUCAAGGGCUCACCAUAUCCACGGGGGUAUUACAAGUGCAGCACCGUGAGAGGGUGUCCGGCGAGGAAGCACGUGGAACGGGCCCCAGAUGAUCCGAAGAUGCUGAUCGUGACAUAUGAAGGGGAGCACCGUCACACUCAACCCGCGGUGCAGGAGAACCUAUCCUCUGGAAUUGGGUUGGUUUUCGAGUCAACGUGAAGGGAAUCGGAGAACGACGACGUAGACGGUAGACUUGUUUUGAUGUAGUAGUAGUUGCAGGGGAUUGGAUUGUAAAUUGGGUUUUUCUCUUUGUUUUUUUGAAAAAAAAAAAAAAAAGAAAUGGAAAAUUGGAUGCCAUUAGAGAUUGUGCCAACUUCCAAACGGUGCUGAAAGGAAAAGGAAAUUGAGUUACUAUGAACUUAAU